UCGACAUUGAUCUAUAUUGCUGACGUAUGCCGGUGUUAAACCGUGCUCAACUGAAGUUUGAAUGUUGAUCAGAAAAUUAUAUGUACACAAUUUUUGUAUAAUUCCUGCUGUAAAAGGAAAAAGAAAACGGGCGUUUAUAAUUAUUUCCUAAUUAUUCCGCAAUGGCUGUUAGCAGUGGAGUAUCAUUUGUACUGUCGGCAAUAAUGUCAGUGCUACUGUUCUCCGGAAUGCAAAUGUACAAGGGUUGGCUCAGUUCUUCUCAAUUUGGAACUGUAUUGGGAGGAUGGGUCGGAUCUUUAUUGUUCAUGUGCACGUUAACAGCUGUGGGGAAUUUUGAAAGCACCUUAUUUGGAAAACCUUUUCAACAGAAACUACUUCCAGAAGUGGUCUUCUCAUUGACGUUAAGUCUAAUCGCUUCUGCCCUAAUUCAUCGUGUAUCCACUACAACAUGUUUAAUAUUUUCUCUGCUUGCACUGUAUUAUAUGAAUCGCAUUUCUCAAGAAACGUAUGGUGUAACUGUACAGAAUCCAGUAGUACAGACUAAGAGACGCAAGUAAAUAAGCAUAAAGAUAUUUGUA